AUGCCCAGAUUUGACAGAACGCCACUCGAGCAGCACUCGUACACAGCCAGCUCAGGCGUUACCGAAACUACACAAAGCCCAUCCAUCUCCGGAGCCAUGUAUGGUGCGGCUCGACUUCCUGCUAUGGGCUUCACGCCGAGUUACAGUUACAACAGUCCUGGCUGGCAGCCCGGAAUGCACCCAUUGGAUCUUGGCGGCAUAUCCAGCGCACCAAUGAGCGCAGUCUGGCCUCAAGGCAGCUACGCACCGCAUCUCCCCGACACAAGCGUGUCUUUGCCCAGUACACCUGCUACCAUUGGCCUCUAUCAGUCUCCUUGCCAGGACCAGACGAGCCGCCAGAUGCCGCAUCUCAACACCCCUCCCACCAGCGCACUCUCCCGCUCAAAGAUGAGCAGCGAUGACCACACAGGCAAGCCGCAGUUGAAAGUCGAGACAGGUUCACAUGGUUACUUCAAGGAGAACAGUUCUGUGAUUAUGAAAAAAUGGUUCAGCAACACGACGAGCCAGAUUGCCCCUCCGCAGUUGUACAACGUGCCACCCCCAGUGUCACUGUCGUCGCAGGAGUCUUUCAACGAUAUAUCCGUUUCUUCUGACAGGAAGCUACGGACGACAGCUAACUUCCUCCAUCCUGCAAGAUCAGACUUUUCAAGCCAGUUGUCCUUCACUAGCGCUGGAGACUUUUCCUCGCAGUCCCCGCAGGCCGGUUACGCAGGCAGCCGUCGACUGCCAAACAAUUCAUCUCCCUCCCCCAGUUUCCUAAGAGGACCUGCCACCCAGGACAUCAGCAGCAACAACUCCCCCUCCGGCGGGACCUCCCUUGCCCCCAGCACUCACGAUAGUGACAGCAACUACGCGGCCAGCAGCGCCCAGCCCUCAUCCCACCAGGCGAGCCGGCUGCCCUCUCCAGCCGUUUCGGACCACCACUACUACAACAACGACAACAACGACAAGGAUGCCCAGAACGCCUUCCUCAUCGAGGCGCGCGCCAAGGGCAUGUCCUAUAAGGAGAUCAAGACCAAGGGCGGCUUCAGCGAGGCCGAGUCGACCCUGCGCGGUCGCCACCGGAUGCUGACCAAGGACAAGGAGAGCCGCGUGCGCAAGCCGGAAUGGACCGAAACAGAUGUGAGCAGCCCAGCUAAACCGAGAUACCCCCCACUGAAGCCAAAGACGCAUUCGACCUAA